AUGUCAAGCUGCCGGACGAGUAUUGUGUCCAUCCUCAACAAUGAUGAUAACCCAUCUUUUGCGGUCCGCUCUGCGCCCCAACUCAGUCGGACUCAGAUCUCGCCAUCCUAUUAUCCAGAGCAGCAACCCCCGCCCGUCAGCGAACCGCAGCACACCCGUCCGCAUGCUGCAUCCGAAUCUCCAGCGGCCUCACCCCGAGGCAUCAGGCACCCUUUCGCCCCGGUGACCGAAGCCGUCCAGCCCGUCUCGCCCGGCUCAUCCGACGGCUCCGCCUACGACUACAUCACCAGUCAAUCUUCAGCUUACCACCCGUAUGCCCGGCAGGAUCCGCGACGGGAACCGUAUCGCUUCCCAGCGCGCGGACCAGCAGCUCCCCGGACGACCCCCGAAACGCGGUCCAGCGCUUCAGAAACGACAUCGUCUCAGCCCGGAGCGGGUCGCGCCACAGGCCGAAAGAACAAGUAUCCCUGCCCCUAUGCAGCUAGCCACGGCUGCGCAGCGACAUUCACGACGUCUGGCCACGCUGCUCGCCAUGGCAAGAAGCACACCGGCGAGAAGAGCGUCCACUGCCCGAUCUGUAACAAGGCCUUCACUCGAAAAGAUAAUAUGAAGCAGCACAUUCGCACCCACCGCACGCACUCGGAUGAAAUGCGAUCCACAUCUGAACCGGAGAAUGAUGCUCGCUGGGGCAUGCCCCAUUCUGAUUCUACACUUGCUUCGGCUGCUUCACACCAGCGGAAUCUUAGCCAACCCAUGGAGGCUACUACAAGGUCUCCUCCAGAUUCUUCUUCACAAUAA